AUGCUAGGGAGGAAAGGCUCCUGCCUUAGCCGCGGAAAUUCGGCAUAUAAGAAUAUCAGAUCGAAACUUGUCCCUGCAGACAAGGACCAGGGACGAUUUAUUCCAGAGACUGAGCUUCUCAACCUGCUAACAGACGAUUUCAUCCGUGAAGCGUUACAGAUAAAGGGAGAGAAGAUCAUUGACUCUAGGCUUAUUGACUUCAUCAAAAACAAAGCCUGCAAGGUAUUCGGCAUACUCAUCUACAUUGACGUUGAGAAUUUGAUCGAGGAUUUCUUUCAGUGUGGAUUUGGCGACGAAAAGCUUCCACUUGAUAUCAAAACAGGCGCAGAGGAUGUCGACGUAGAUCGAUUCAGGGACACUCAGUGGUUGUUUCUUAGCCCAAUUUUCAAAGAAGGACCUUUUCGUUGCCAUAUCCACCGGCAAGCCCCGAUGCCAUUUGUGGACACUGAAUGUAAAAGUGAAAGGGAAAGCAACUUCAGCGUUGUGCAAGAGUGGCACAUUCAUCGAGAUCAUCUCAGUUCAUUUCACUACAAAUAUCUCGCAAAUGAGCCGCAUUGCCAUCCCACUGUUGCUAUCAAGGAGUUAAAGAAAUUGGGCAUGAGCUCGGAUGAAUUUACAGCUAUUGCGGAGAGAGAGACUGAGGCACUUGAAACGUUGCGAAAAGCGGCCAGCCCGCACUUGAUCAAAGCAAUCGCUUACUACAUUCAAGACAACAAGCAUUAUGUAAUGUUUCCCUGGGCACAACAUGGCAAUUUAAGAGACUUCUGGAAGUGCGACCCACCAACUCUAGAUUCACAGUACAUCGAAUGGCUGAUCGCUCAGUUCCAUGGCUUGUCUGGUGCGGCAUGUGAACUGCAUGGCAAGAAGGAAAUUCUGUGGCGGCAUGGCGAUCUGAAGCCUGAGAACAUCCUCUGUUUUGACGCCCAGGAUGUGGUUGCUAGUUCCGAAGAGCGGAGCAAGUUCUGCCAGUUGGUCAUCGCAGACGUAGGUCUAGCGAGAAAGCAUGAUACAGCCACUGAAAUGCGUAGCCAUGCCACCAAGACACAUAGUGGUACCAUCAUGUACGAGCCUCCAGAGGCUGACAUAUCCCUCAGCAGUCCAAGAUCACGCCGCUACGAUGUUUGGUCACUCGGUUGCAUUUACUUCGAAUUUCUAGUAUGGGUAUUAUACGGUACCCAAGGCUUAACAUAUUUCAGGAAUGACCUAAGUGAAACUUCGAGAUUCUACAUUGUGGAAACCAACUCGACCACUGGCAGAAAGUCUGCACAGCUCAGUUCACCAGUGGUGGCUUGGACUACCUGGAUUCGAAAGGACCCCCGGUGUCCAGAAAACACGGCUAUAAGAGGCCUCUUGGAGCUCAUAGUCAAUCGGCUGCUAGUGGUAGAGGUUGGAACCAAGCACACACCUUCCGUUAUUCACGAGUGCGAUCCAUCUAAGCCAGCCAAUCCAUCCAUUGUUCGAUCAUCGACCAGUCGCUUCUCCUUAGAUCCUCGAAACGAUGACACAGCUCCUAAUCGAGCCGAUUCAGAGGAGAUGUACACAAGUUUGGGGGAUAUCUUAGGAAAAGCAGGUUCUUCCAAUCAUCCUGAAAUGAUAUGGUUGAAAUUUGGGCCUGCGCCGAAAGGUUAUCCUAGUAGCCAUGGUACCAGACUCGACCCGAAUACUCAGCAGCGAAGAUCAGAUCAAGGAACAAAAUCAUUUGAGGUAAGACAAGGUAUAUUUUGCUUACCAUUGAGUAAUUAUUGGGAAUACGCCCCUGACAUGGAAUUGGCACAUACCAUAUUUGCUGAUGCAAACCUACGAUCAAAUUCACAACGCAAAGGCAAACCAUCAACGCUAUGUACAAGGUGUCAUGAGCUGCGAAUCUGGAACUCCGCGUGCAUCUUCAGCGACACUAUGACAAAGCUGCAAUCUCGCUGUGGAAAUUGCGACUUGUGCGGUCUUUUGCACAGUGUGUGCAACGAACGGGACUUUGGGUGUGAAAGCGAGAUCCGAUUUUUUAAAAGAGGAUGUUACAUCUUUGCCGACAAUGAGCCAAAGAAGCCCAUCUUGUCACUUUGCACCUUGCCAGCUGCAGAUACUCUUGGUAUAACGCCACGUAACGUGCAGAUCAGCUUUCCAGACCUUCCAGAGCCAUGUUCUACGAGGCAUUUGAACAUUUUGGAAGGUUGGAUUCAAAAUUGUGACCAGGCUCAUCAGUGUCUUCCCGCAAAGAACACAUUUCUGCCUACUAGAGUCAUCGAAGUUGGAAGCGAAAGAACCCCGAUGGUACGCUUGUACUGCGAUACUGGAGGUGGCACUGGGCCUAGAAAAUAUGUUGCGUUAUCUCAUCGGUGGGGAUCACCGGAGCAACACUCGAAAUUUUGCACUUACAGGAGCAACCUCAAUCAGUUCCGGACAGGGAUUGAGUACGCUCUUCUGCCGAAGACUUUCAGAGAUGCUAUUACAGUAACCCGUAGCUUGGGCAUUGAAUUUCUUUGGAUAGAUUCAUUGUGCAUCGUUCAAGAUGACCCGCACGACUGGGAAAUUGAGUCACGACUCAUGGAGCAAGUGUUUAGCUCGGCAUACAUCACCAUUGCGGCUACAAGUGCCAAAGGAACAAGCGAUGGGUUUCUGAGAAGUCGUCCGGAGAGGAGGUUUGUAACCUUAAUCAAAGAUGGUCAGGUGCCAUACUUCGUAUCCACUGCAAUCGACAAUUUAGAUGUGGACGUCGAACAAAGCGAGCUGAAUCAAAGAGGCUGGGUACUACAAGAAAGAGCACUUUCACGAAGGACAAUCUAUUUCGCCGAGACCCAAAGCUAUUGGGAAUGCGGAUGUGGAAUACGAUGCGAGACCCUGACAAAGAUGAAUAAUCGCAAAGCAUCGUUCCUCGGCGAUGCCAACUUUCCACAUUCUGUCGAAGCAUACAAAAAGGGUCGAAAGAUACAACUCUAUCAGAAUUUAUACGAGCAGUAUUCGCAUUUAAACCUGACUUUCGAUGGCGAUAAACCCAUUGCAAUCAAAGGCCUGGAGUCACGUUUGGUUCAAGCACUACAGACACAAGGGGGAUAUGGGGUACUUAACAGUUAUCUCCAUCGGUCACUCUUAUGGCAAAGGUCUGGUGAUAGUCUAAGAAGGAUCACAGCAUUUCGCAGUGGUGCAAUACCCUCAUGGUCCUGGAUGGCGUAUGCCGGCGGCAUCCGGUACAUGGACAUCCCAUUUGGAGACGUCUCCUGGGCGGAUGAUGUUUCUUCACCGUUUCCGGUGGAUGAAUCACUUCUCACGAUAAGUCAUGGUUUGGAUUCUGCUAAUAAACCCUUGAGUAUUUCUGUGCGCACAUGGGAUGUCAAAGAAGCACAAAGUGGUCGUAUUAUAUUUGAUGAACCGGAUUGUGCUCUUGAAAGACCAUUGAGGUGUGUCGUCAUCGGAACAAGUAAAGACUUGAUACCACAACACUUCGUGAUUGUUAUUGCAUUGGUAUCCAGGAACCAGAAACCAGUAUUUGAGAGAGUUGGCGUUGGCAUUCUGUUACCAGGUGAUAUUGCACGAAGUCAAGGAAAUUACUUGAUUGAACUUUGUUGA